CAUCGUUUAACCUGCUACUCUCUUGAGUCUUGGCCACCUUUCAAACGCGCGAAUCCGUCUACGUAGCGCAAAUAUCACUUGCGAUAGAGUUCUAGCACUCGGUCAACAUGUGUCUAAUAUUCACCUGCGGUGAGCACACCUUCAGGAAAGAGGUAGAAGGAUACGAGGGUGUUGUCUGUCAAUGCCACAACUGCGGCAACUUCGCCGGCCAUAUCAUCAAAAGCAAUCCUUGGUUCACCUUUUGCUUCGUGCCCGUCGUCCCGCUCUCUAUCCAUGGCUACCAGGACGUCGUCUGCCAUAUCUGCAACUUCGCGCAGCCGUUAGAACACCGACCUGACGCUCAGGCGAUGCGACGUGGCGGGGAAGGGAAUAAUGUUCCGAUGCAGAAUCAACCACCGCCACAGCAAGGACCUCCACAACAAGGACCACCUCCGGGAUGGGGACAAGCACCGCCUCAGGGUCAAGCGCCUAUGAGAUACGGAUAAAAAACGCAAGAGGUUGGCCCGUUAGUUUCACGAUUUAAGACAGCAGGAGGUAGGUGUUACGGCAGCUGAGUACACGAUACGAAACAGUGUUAGCGGUUGCAUCAUAUUGCACAGCAUCAGGGUUGGAGUUUAAGGAUCCGCGUAUCAUAGGAUAUCCCGCUUGGGGCAUUUUGACAUUGCUUGUGGAUGGAUGGAACGAUAAUUACAAAUUACAUCUUGGAGUUUAUUCUAUAAGCUGCACACGGUUAGGCAUGCGUGGCAGUCGAUUAAUGUCUUGGAAGGUAGAUAUUGGAAACUCAUCACGGCCAGCUCUAUACUCAUGAGAAUAUUGAUGAUUCGAGUUACGCGCUAUAGGUCCUCGACUUGAGGUACAUACUACAGUAGACUUUCACAGUAAUAUUGAAAUUCUCCUAUU